AUGGUUUCCUAUCUUUCUUUGGUGUUUGUGGGAGCAUUUGCUGCCAUUUUUGGUGUAUUCACAUUCUUCGUUUACCUUUUCACACCACCUCGCAACUUUCCCAAGGAUAUCCCGACCAUUCCUUUCUACUACGGGCUUUUGCCUCUUUUCAAGGACGUCGAUCAAGCUGAGCUAUAUCGGGAAUACCUCAAGGAGCCUCUAGCGCGAUAUGGCGCAGUGAAGCUGUUCUUUGGUGGACAGUGGAACAUCCUGGUGACGAAGCCCGCCUACAUAGCAGAGGUUUUCAAGCAAGAAGACACGUACGCAAAGUCAGGCAACCAAGUCAAGAUCCCACACAGCGUACUUGCUGAGUACACGGGCGAAAACAUCAUCAGCGCCCAUGGCGAGAAAUGGAAGCUUUAUCAACGCGUCAUUAAGCCAGCUCUGCAAGCUGAUCAGGACUCUGAGAGCAUCUGGAAAAACUCCAGGAUUCUCAGAGACAUGUUCCUGAGCGAGUCCAAGAACACUAGAGGCAACAGAGUGCCAGUCUACGCCCUACUUCACCGGUAUGCGCUUGCCAACCUUGGAGAGGUCCUUUAUGGCUCCAGCUUCGAAACAUUGCAGAAUGCAAGUGCCCCUCUACACACACUGCAAACGAAAAUCAAGCCCAUUAUAUUCCAUCCAAUAUUCUUAAACUUUCCUUUCCUCGACCACCUACCAUUGAAGAUACGGAAGCUUGGUCGCGUUCUUAGCAGGCAGUUUCGCGGCACACUUCGUAGCGCCAUAGCUAAAGGCCAUACCCAGCAUGUUUGCAACGAGAACGACAACAGAAAUGUCGCCUGCAGGCUACUUGGUUCUCAUCGCGAAGGCAUCCUCAGUGACAAAGAUCUUGACGAUAACUUGGUCAGCACCUUUCUCGCAGGGCACGAAAACCCCCAGCUAGCUCUCAUGUCGCUCAUGUACCUCCUCGGCAAACACACCCACGUUCAAGACGCUGUCCGCAAAGAAAUCGCCGCUCUCUACCCAAGCAAUGCGCCUGCAGACUACGAGCCUGACUACUCCGACAUCCACGAUCUUCCCCUACUUACAUCAGUGCUGUACGAAUCUCUACGCAUGUUCCCGCCUAUUUCGCAGCUUAUCAAUCGCCGCACCACGACCCCCGUCGUUCUGGGCAACACAGUCCCCGUUCCUGCUGGUGUAUACAUGGGAUACAACGCAUACUCUACAAAUCGAGACACGGAGUUUUGGGGCACUGAUGCAGAUGACUUUAAGCCAGAGCGUUGGGGUACUACAAACGAGGAUAUCAACAAAUUGUAUCGCCGUGCGAACUCCAAGAGCGCUUUCAUUAGCUUUCACGGUGGAAGGAGAGCGUGCUUGGGACAGAAGUUUGCUAUGCAGCAGUUGAGGAUUACACUGGUGCAGCUGGUGAGAGAUGUGAAGUGGAAGUUGGACGAGACUUGGGAUGGGAGGAUGACGCCUGCGGGGCCGUUGUACCCACGGGGGUUGAAACUAAAGUUUGAGAGUGUGCAUCAGGUAUCAGAGAAGGCGUGA